GACUCCAAGUGAAUUAAGACAAUGAAACUCAAUUCUGUAAAAAAUGUAACAAUAACAUUUAAAACAUGCUUUGUUAAAUGUCUGUAUGUGUAUCUGUUUAUUUUUAAGUAAAAAAUUAUAAAUAGGCUUCAAAUUCAAAGGUAAGCUAUAUAUUUUGCAACUUUGGUAUUGUGGUACCCAUCUAAGGACUUUAUAUAUGGACUACGGACUGACGCCGCGCCAUCUAUCGAUAUUCGAUUUUACCUUACUGGUCAUAUGACAUCAAGGUUAAAAACUAAAUAAAAACAUAACCUCAAACGUCAAAUCAACAGUUCUCUACCAAAAAAAAAGUGCAGAAAUGGCACAGGAUACUGAAGAUCUCGACAGGAUUUGUGACACACUGGAUAAGUUGACUUUGGACGCACUCACCCUCAUGGAAGAAAAAAUUAAACUGACUUUAAACACUGAGAAUGCUAUGUGCGGGGGCGAGGCCCAUCUAGCGAAAGCUAGGUACAUAAUGGGGCAGAAUAACGUGUCUUCUUUGCAACUUCCCACAGAGAACAGUCCGGAUUUUAUGGCUGUAGCUAAAGUGUAUUCCAAUGAAGAAGAAAAACUCUUUGGACAAACGUCUUAUGAGCUACAUUUAACCCAGAAAUCUGAAGAAACGGUGCAAGACCCUAUUAGGUGGUUUGGUAUCCUUGUACCUCAGAACCUGAAUUACGCUCAAAAUAUGUUCAGGCAAGCUUUACAGUGGGCUGUGCAGGCAGUGAAUGUGCAGACACAGCUGAAGGAGACUAUCGAGAAGAUUUACCAGUUGAAGGAGGUUAAAACUAGGAUUUCGGCAAAAUAAUAAGUUGAGUGAAUUUUUUCUUAGUUAUUUUAGUUUUGAAUGUAUUAUUUAUUAAGCAUUUAAAAUUUCAUCAUAAUUAUGAAUGUAAAAUAUAUU